AUGUGCGCAGAUGGCUACCGGGGCCAAGGCUGCACGAGCUGCAGCGAUGAGCAUGCCAUGGCGGACAGCAGUGUGUUCUCGUGCACUGCGUGCAGCAAAGACCGUCGUGUGCAGGCGGUGCAGUGGAUCACGUUCCUCUCUCAGCGCACCUUCCUUUUCGCAAUCGGAGCUCUGAGCGCCUUUGGAGCCAAGAAGGCUGGGGACCUGAAGCAAAGCAGCAUCUACCUGAACCAGCUGAUGGCCUUUGCCACCAUCUCCAACACGAUCCUGGCUGCCGUGUUGCAGACCCAGACGGCGAAGGACAUCAAAAGCACCGCCGCCGCCCCGCCGGCAUUUCGGGCGAACUUCUUCUUCAAUGCUGCGGUGCACACCGCUGAGGAGGGACCCGAGGUUAUCCCAAGAUGCAUCGCACUGCCCGGCGCAAGAUCUGUACGCAGCGCCUCCUCACAGUGUCUUUUGUCUUACCUCGGCUACGAGAAGACCUUGUGGCUUGGUCGCAGGCUUAUGAGCUCGCGUGGGCGAGUGAAGAAGAAGCCUGGAUUGAGGGUUGUGAACACUCGGUCUCCUUCACUAGGUACAUUACAGAUUGGUGUGUUACCUUACAGCUUUUGGGAUUUUGGCGCUACGUACCAGUUUAUUGGGGAAUACUGGGGUUCAACAUGCAACGCAGUGGGUCGUUUGGAGUGCAUUACGCUGGGAAGCGGUGGGGCUCACGCCCAAAUCCUCCUCAAAGGCACGGACAGUCAGGAGUUGAAAGCCUGGGCCGAGAGUGUGGUGAUGAGCGGAAGCAUCCCAGAGAUGUCCGUGCACCUUUACCCCGCAAACUGCCCCAAAACCGCACUCGCUCGAGGAGCUUUGCACGGGACAGCCGUGCGCAGCGAGGACACUGGGGCAGCGUGGGCAUGGAAUGUAGAGAAGAUCGUAGCCCCAGUCGAGUUAGGUGGGGAAGGCGCUUUGGAGAGGGAUAUACGAGACAUUGCCCAAGAGAGGAGAGAGCCAGCUAUUCACAAAGAGAGCAGAGAAGCCGACCGCGAAAAUCUCAAAACAGGCCACCGCAGCUUCAAAGGAACACCACUGGACACCAAGUGCAGUGUCCGAAGCCUUCUGAGGAAUCGGCGGAAGAAGAAAAAGAAAUCAAAGAAGGCAAAGAAGGAUCGCCGAAGCGGAAAGGGACAUCACAACGAAAGCAGCAGCAGCCAGAGCAACAACACCAUCAGUUCCAGCAGCAGCGGCGGGACCAUCAACUCCACCGAUUCAGAGCACCCUUUCAAGGAAGGACACCGAGUGAAACGCUUGGCCAAGAAAAUCCCCGGCAUUCUAUGUCGACACGCUCUAGACGAGAUGAGCCGCUUGCUAGUCCAACACGUGGGAGAGGAGAGUACAACAGAGAUGAAGCCUGUUCUCCUUCGUUAUUUGCGUCUCCAUGUUAUGAUGAAGAGUCUUCUUCCGGCACAGAAGAGGGAACUGUUGACCUUGGGAUAUGCUGUGGACAAGUUGCUUCGUCGGGAUGUGUUGGGGGCCCUGGACUUGAUGAUUCAGCGCGUCAAAGCUAUCGAGCUGGUACUCGGAGGAUCCACAUGGGCAGUCGCUCAGAAUUUAGAGCUCGUUCCGUUAGAGCAGGAAAUGAUAGCCAGCAUUGCCGAAGCCCAGGGCGAUUGGAAAGGCAAGAAGGGAGAUGGAAAGAAGGGCGAUGGGAAGCGGAAGUGGGGCGUGAAGGGGGUAUCGGUCCAUCCUUGGGAGCCCCCAAGGACACCCGGUGCGAUGGGAGAGGGUUUUAUCAGUGAUUCACUGAGUUUGAGCGCUGUUAUUCUGGAAACAUUGUUGGGCGGAUGUGAUUGUGGCUUCAGUUCCGUAGUGUCAAAAUUCUGCGAAGGGAAGGAAGCUUGUAUGGUUGGGGAGAGAGCUGCGAGAGCCAGUAUCUUUCCUCUGCCCCUGCCCGACAAUCAAGACAUUACAACAGCGCGUGAGAAGAAAGAUGGAAAGAAGUUGUGGCUCUUCCUCCUACUGGUUGGUUUGAACUAUUUGAAUGCAGGGCAGCAAGCACCUCUUCAGAGUUUCAAGCCUAGCAGUGUUCAACAGGGUAUUUUGGACUAUUUGGACGGUCGGGUGGACGCCUUCUUGUCCCACAGCUUCAAUGUCAGCAAAUUCGAUUGGGGAAAGUUCCUUCGGACAAAGACCAUCAGCUACACCAAUGAGGAGGUUAGGACUGCCAAAUGGACCAGCUGGAAAAACAUCAAACCUGCCCUGCCCUACGGGCACAUUGGAGCCAUCCCAGCAAUAGAGCUCGCGGACGGUGGAGUGUUGGACUUGCUCUCGGACCCAAGGAGAUAUCUUCGUCCUAACUGGGACCAACACGCCGUUCGCAGCUCAAGGGUCAUGGUUACGGAUGAGGAUUGGGGCGAGCUGGCGCGAGGGAUGGUGGAAUUCAACCUAUGUUCUGUUUUGCCCAAGUCCGCCCUUGCUUGUGCCUCGGGUCAUGUCAUUCACAACGGGCUGUUUGGGGUCGAAAAGGGUGAAGAAGUCGACGGCGUUGAAGUUCACAGGCUGAUCAUGAACCUCAUUCCGAUGAAUUCCGUGAGCAUGCCGGUCGUGGGUGAUGUUGCCACACUCCCACUUCUUCACCAAAUGUGUGUCCUCCAACUACAUCCUGACGAAGAACUCGUCGUGAGCUCUGAGGAUAUCCGGUGCAUGUUCUACAUUUUCAGUUUGCCGCCCGUUUGGUUGCCUUUUCUAUCAUUCAACAAGCCUGUCCCAGCUGAUUUGGUUCCGCCACAUGUUCAGGAAGAAUGUUUCUUGUGCGCCAAGGUGCUGCCCAUGGGGUAUUUGAACAGCGUGGGUGAAUGGUCAAGGUCCUCGAGGGUCAUCCUUCAUCCGACCUACAGAGCUGACAUCGACGGAAAGCUGGGAACAGGUCGUCCAAAAGGGGAGAAGUUGGGGAAGUAUGUGAGCGCGGCGCUCUCCUUGCUUAGGAGGGCACGUUGCUCGCAAAAGGAAAUUCAGAUUGUUGGAGGAGGAGCAGUGCAGUCGGAAAUUUUGGUUUUCCUCGCCUUGCUUCUGCUUGCGCACCUGGAUUUUAGGAAAAAGUGUCGUGGACCACCCACGCUGACGUCAUACCUUACCGUAUUUGCGCCUCUCAGCUCUCCCCUUGCAGAAGAGAUCGAUUUUACUGGGUUGACUGGUCAAGUUCACUAUCCCAGUGGAUGUCGCUUCAUCAUGUCUUGCACCAGCCAGCCGGAAUUCACAAAUGUGACCCUGAAUCACUCUCCAGGUGGCGAAGUGACCGCGCUUCGUUUCGAGGAUGUACGGCUCAAUCUCCUUGGAAACGCAUGGAGCGUUGCCGUCGUGGGAUUUCUUCUCUUACAACUUUUGAGACCUCGUCAGCUCUGUAUGCUCUCGAGUUUGCAAGAACUCCUUUCAACUUUGUACGGUGACAAGCCUGUCUUUUCUGAUGCCCUUUUGAGUUGGCAUUCGCUACGCUCGAAACAGUGCUGUCCUGGCACUGACACGGGCAAAGCUUUAGCUGCAAAGUUAAUGACUUUACUUUCUAGCAAAGGGAGUGACAUCAUGAUUCAAAGCGGAACGGAGCCCCGUGACUUUCAACGUUUCCGCAACUCGAUCCCGGCCCGUCUCUGGUCGUGGAAAACCAUUACUGGUUGGCCAUGGCCCGACGGGGAGGCGGACCACAUCAACAGGUACGAGAUGCGUGCGGUGUACACGGCGCUGCGAUGGCGAGUUUUGAGGCGCAAAGAGUGUCGUGUGAGAUUCGUCCACUUGACUGACUCCAUGGUGAGUCUGCACGUAAUCAAUCGUGGACGUUCCAGUUCACGCAAGCUGCAAUCACUCAUGUACCGACUGUCCUCGCUACUUCUAGCUGCCGGCCUCCACCCUUUUCUUGCGUAUGUCUCCACCGACACCAACCCGGCCGACAGGAAAGUGGAACGGCAGCAGCUAGGAACUUUGCGAGCCAACACAGUCGCCACACGCACACGGCAGCGGUACGAUGCAGCACUCACAGCUUUCUAUUUGUAUGCACAAACACAACGCAUCCGCAUACCGGAUGAGCCAGAACCACUGGACUCCAUCUUUGCAGACUACAUCGAAUGCUUGUGGGAGGAGGGGGAAAGCUUCUCACUCGCCACUGAUGGGCUGUCCGGGCUACAGGACCUCAGACCCCGCCUUAGGGGCAAGUUAGCGCUGUCCUGGCGCCUCGUUCGCACUUGGCAGCGAAAAGAGAUCCCGCACCGAGCUCCCCCGUUGCCAGAAGAUGUCCUGCAAGCCCUUUGCGGUUAUUUUCUUUUUCUCAACAAGCCCUUCCUCGCACUCGCUCUCGAGGUGGCUUUUUAUGGCGUUUUGCGGACCGGUGAGCUUUUACACCUCACUGCGAAUCAAGUGGAGGUUUCACCCUCUUUUGAUUGUGCGGUGCUGUCACUUGGGGCUACCAAAACCUCUCAGCGCUCUGGUGUGAGUGACUCCGCUCUUUCGGCGCUCCGCCUCACGAGCUGGGCUUUUCGCCCGUUUCUGAGCCUCCUUUACAACGUUUCUUCGCCCUUUACUGUCAGCAAGGGCGAUCGCUUCGCAACACCAGGGGCCGUGGAUAGAACUCCGCUCA